GGGGAAAUUCAUGUGGAGGUCAGAGUGGAAGCAGGUGUGAGAGGGUCCAGCAGAAGAAAACAUGGCUGCCAAAGUGUUUGAGUCCAUUGGCAAGUUUGGCCUGGCCUUAGCUGUUGCAGGAGGCGUGGUGAACUCUGCCUUAUAUAAUGUGGAGGCUGAGCACAGAGCUGUCAUCUUUGACCGGUUCCAUGGAGUACAGGACAUUGUGGUAGAGGAAGGGACUCACUUUCUCAUCCCAUGGGUACAGAAACCAAUUAUCUUUGACUGCCGUUCUCGACCACGUAAUGUGCCGGUCAUCACUGGUAGCAAAGAUUUACAAAAUGUCAACAUCACACUGCGCAUCCUCUUCCGGCCCGUCGCUAGCCAGCUUCCUCGCAUCUUCACCAGCAUCGGAGAGGACUAUGAGGAGCGUGUGUUGCCGUCCAUCACGACCGAGAUCCUCAAGUCAGUGGUGGCUCGCUUUGAUGCUGGAGAACUAAUCACCCAGAGAGAGCUGGUCUCCAGGCAGGUGAGCGACGAUCUUACAGAGCGAGCAGCCACCUUUGGGCUCAUCCUGGAUGACGUGUCCUUAACAAAUCUUAUUUUUGCACACAAAUAUAGUGAGGCUGCUGAAAUGGAGCAA